AUGUCACAAAUAAAGUUCCUUGUCGUACUGUCGCUGGCAGUAGCAGCUUUUGCACAGGUGACCAAUAACAAUGGCAUCGAAUACGAUGGAACCUCAAACGUACGAAGAUCGCCAACUUCCCCUUUUAAUUAUACUCAGCCGCCAAGAGUGACUCCUGCCCUUCCUUUCACAAACUCGGCAGCAUCUGUAACUCCUCCUACUGUCCCCUUUUACCCCUCACAGUACCCACCUAGAUAUAGACCGGUAUUGCAACCUCACCCAAUCAUUUUAAGUUCGCAAUCACCUCAAAUGGUUCCGGCUCCUCAGCCAACCUCGCCUCCGGUAAAUGUCCCUAACACAUACCGACCUGUGAUACUAAAUAGUUCACUUCCCGUUGCCGUAAAGCCACCUGCUCAACCCGGAGUAAUUUACGAGCCUAAAAUCAUUUUUGUCCCAAAAAUUACGCAACCUGAGACUCCUGUCACAGAAUUUCAUGAAGCUGCCACGCAGCCGCCCACUGUUACCGAGCCACCGCAAACGCCUCAACCGGAAGUGGUUUUACAACCAGUAGCAACACCUCAGCCAGAGAUAGCUCCACAACCGGAAAUCGUCACUCCUCAACCAGAAAUCGUUACUCCUCAACCAGAAAUCGUAACCCCACAACCGGAAAUCGUCCCUCUACCUGAACCCACCCAGCAACCUGUUGUUAUUCCAGAAACACCUCAACCAGAAGUCUUACCUACUCCGGAACCUUUCAAUCAACCUCAGGUCAUUCCCCAACCGCAACCAACUCUCCCACCAGCGGUUAUGCAACCCGUUGUUGUCCGUCAACCCGCGGCCACACCGCAGCCUCAACCACCUCGUCAAUCUGUAACCCCAUACCAACCGCAGUGGUACACUCCUGCGCCCGUACCAGUCAACCCUUCUAAUUAUUCUGUAGCUAACGUUUCUCGAGGCACCUUAUUACCGCUGCUACCUAAACAACAACCGGAAAGGGAACCUGUUUAUGGUCGCCCAACUCACCCUACCCCUACUAUCUACAAUCCUACUCCCUCCUAUGCUACUCGUUACCCACCUACCCAAUUCCCUACCCAGAGGCCGCCUUUGGUUACUAGAGUACCUCCUACCGUCGUCACCAGAGUUCCUCCUACGGUAGCUACCAGGUUACCCCCCGUAGUCACGAGAUAUCCCACUGCCGUAGUUACUAGACAACCUCCCACAAGGUAUCCCCCUGCCGUAGUUAUCACGCCUUCUCCUACAGUAGUCCCGACAUAUCCCCCUCUCGUAGUUACUAGCCAGCCUACCACAGUUAAAACGAGAUAUCCCCCUACCAUAGUUACCAGGCCAUAUCCUACAGUAGUCCCGACACAUCCCCCUGUCGUAGUUACCAGACCACCUCCCGUUACUAGAGUACCUCCAACUGUAUCUACGGUAGGCACAACACUUGCCCCCGUCUAUAUUGUAACACCGGCACCAAUUGGCCCGUUCAAAAUGGAGUUCCAGUGUCCCGAAAGGGACGGCUUUUUCUCAGUUGCAAACUCAUGCGAAGCCUAUUAUGAAUGCAAGUUACAGGGAUAUGUACCCCAAAGACGAAUUUGCCCCAAUGGUCUAUAUUUCAACCCUGCAGCCAAGUACUCCAAUAGUCCAUGCGCUUAUCCUUCUGAAGUACAAUGCUCAGCAGCGGGCAAACCCAACAAUAACCCGUCAGGCUCGUGUCCAGCUCCAUUUGGGUCCUACGCAAUCAACGACGGAGAUUGCAGCAGAUUCAUAAUGUGCCAAGAAGGAUUAUCAACAAUAAUGACUUGCCCGUUAGGUCUAGUUUUUAAUGAUCAGACACAGGUCUGCGACUGGCCCGCAAAUGUACCACAAUGUCAUCCUGCCGUGUUCAAAGACUUCUCUUGCCCAGCGCCACCUGUAGAAAGGAACGGUGACAUUUCAGACACCGUUUACAAUUACCGGUACGGUUCACAGUGCAAAGCUUUUAUAUCCUGCCAGAGAGGACAGCCUCGGCUAUUGAGCUGUGAUCCAGGACUAGCUUUCGAUGAGGCAUCACAGUCGUGCAUAGGUGAAGAGCUCGUCAGAAAUUGUGCAACUCCCUACUCUGCUGCAUCAGUGUAAUGUCCAAACCUCUAAAUUAAAGAUGUACUCAUCGGAAUAAAAAU